UCUAUCUAUCUAUCUAUCUAUCUAUCUAUCUAUCUAUCUAUCUAUCUAUCUGCUGACGGUGCUGCUCCUCUUGUUUAAUUCCAUUUGAUUUCUGGGACUUGCUCUGCUCACUGCUGAGCAAGAAGCGCCGAGCGAGUUAGCUCGAUCGCCAGAAGCCACUCAUUUAAUAAAAGCAGGAGAUCAUAAGUACUAUAUAUAUAUAUAUUGAUAUUGAUUUAUAGGAUCAUCGAUGGAGGAUGAUCAAGCGGCGGGGAGGGCGGGGGUGAAGUGCGGGAGGUGGAAUCCGACGGCGGAGCAGGUGAAGGUGCUGACGGAGCUGUUCAGGGCGGGGCUGAGGACGCCCACCACCGACCAGAUUCAGCGCAUCUCCACCCACCUCAGCUCCUUCGGCAAGAUCGAGAGCAAGAACGUCUUCUACUGGUUCCAGAACCACAAGGCCCGAGAGCGCCACCACCACUACCACCGCCGCCACCCCCACCACCGCCAUCACCAUCACCAUCUCAAGAAGCGACGCCGCGGGGCGUCGCCCGCGCUCGACGACGACGACGACGACGACGACGACGACGACGACGACGACGAGACCACAACACUCCUCCUCCUGAUGCCUCCCGAGACCAAGAGGGAUCAGCCCAGCAGGACAAACUACAAUCAUCGAUUAUUCAUCCCCAGCUACGCGAAUGCGGAUCAGGAAGCGAUAAGCUGGGAGCAACCGAAGAGAGAGAUCGAGACGCUGGAGUUGUUCCCCUUGAAGUCCUACGACCUGCAGGAAGCUCACGAGAAGCUGAGGUACGUGAGGAGCGGCGCCGACUGCACCGACAUCUCUUUCUUCGACACGGAGAGCGACCCGCCAUUGGAGCUGCGUUUAAGCAGCUUUCUAUAGACUACGUACGGCACCCUAUCUAGCUGCUACCCACGGUACUGCUUGCAUUAUUCGAUCGUGUGUAAUCUUUAUACAGUCAUAUCUAUUUAUCUAUCUAUCUAUCUAUCUGGUUAGCUAGUAAGAGAUUAAUUAACUGUGUUAAUUAUUCUUGCACACGUACGUCCCAGCCUUAAUAUCUCCUGAUCAAACGGGGAAAAAGAAAAGAAAAGAAAAAACAAGAUAAUGGGAUGGGCAUUUAAUUUAGUCAGUUAAAUUAUGGAUCUCCAGCCACGUACGUACUAUACAUCGAUCAGUC